GCCCCUCUAAAAACACGCGCAAAUAGAUACGCCUCACUCUCGAGACAGAGCGGGCUCCGGACUGUUGCUCUUCUGCUUUACGCCCCAGUCUUCUGCACUUUUCACUCUUCUUGACGUUCAUCUUUUUCAAAGUUCACUUUUUUGUAAAAAAAAAAAAAUCCCGUUCCAUUCUUUCUUUUCCGUAAGACCAGUAACAAGUGACAUAAGUUAACUUUUUUCCCCGAGUGAAGCUGAGAAAAGUCUUUUUCCAUUUUUUGACGCCUGUCAGCCAGAAGGAUUUCAUUACCUGAACAACUGCAGUUUUAUUGAGGCCUUCCCAUCUCUUGUCUCAACAUGUUGGUGCUUCUUGCUGCGAUCUUUGUACUUCAUAUUUCCACAGUCAUUAUUUUGCUGGUUGCUACCAUCCAUAAUGCUUGGUGGGUCACAAAGACAUUAAGCACGGAUAUCUGGAAAACUUGUGGUGAAAAUAACUGCUCAGACAUAAUCACCUCAAAUGAAAGUUAUCUGCAAGCUAUCCAGGCCACAGCAGUUCUUUCGUGUAUUUUUGCUAUCAUCGCCCUGUUUGUUUUCAUCGCCCAGUUGUUUACCUUGGCCAAAGGACAGCGUUUCACAUUUACUGGCAUCUUUCAGAUGCUUUCUUGCCUCUGCAUCAUGGUAGCAGCCUCCAUUUACACUGAUCAGUUUCAUAAUCAAGGCGAUGGAACAUACGGCUCAUCUUACAUCUUGGCUUGGAUUGGUUUUUCAUUUACCUUCAUCAGUAGCAUUGUUUACUUUGUUCUGCGCAAAAAGACAGAGUAAACUGCUGAAAGACCAUGGGGAUGAGGGUUAAACUGGGUGCUUUUUUUUGGAAACAGAAGGCGCACCCUCGCACCCUGAAUCAAAACUUUACCUCACGUAAAAUUGCUCGAAUGGUGGCUGUUUGGGGUCCAGAUUUGGAAUUUUUGUAUUUUAACAACACAGGGGGAAUGUCUGAGCUGCAGUGACGAUUCUCAUUGGCUCUCAGAUUAGUAGAGGAAGACGAGUACUCAAGAGUGAAAAAAAUUAUAUCAGAUAUCCAUUGUCCUUUUCCCCGAGGUUUAAUUACACCAUUUUGGUUUCAUUCACUUUUAUAUAUUCAUAACAAUCAACAAUUAGAUCCAAACACCAAAGUGAAUACUCUUAUGUUACCUUACUCACAUAUGCCAUAAUAAAUCCCAAGCAGUGUCAGGUUUUCAGACAUUUUCACCAACAAUGAAGUACCUGUCAUGCAUUAGCUAGUUUGCUAAAGUAGCUAACAAAGCUAACAGUAACUAACUCAUCUUUAGAUGGCAACAGCUUUUCCAGUGCUCUUCAUUCUCUGGACUCUUUCCUUGACAUUGUUUUACUUGAAUAUUAUUUUUCUAAAAUAAGAAAAAUCUAUCAUUUUUAUUUUUUAAAUACUGUUUAUUUGAGACAUCCCUGAAAGAGCAUGGGUAUAUCAUAUUAUAGUUAAGAAACACAGGAAAUACAUUUUAAGCAAUCCCAAGAUUUUCAUUGGUGUUUAUUUUUCAGAAGGUACUGUGGAUUACAUGAGUUACCCCAGCAUUCUGUAAUCUUGAUUUGUGAUUAUGUUUGCAUUGGUAUUACAAGUAUUAAAAGGAUAAUUGUGAACACAGUAUACUAUUGAGUAUUGACCAAUCCUAAAAUGCUCCUUUCAUAUUGGUUUGAAGAAAAAAAUCUGUUUUGUGUUUUCUUGGGUUAUAAAAUGCCAAGGCACUAGUGCUAUACAAUGCGACAAAACAUAUUUUUAGGAACUGAGCAUACAGUCAAUAACUGUGUACAGUGUAUGUAUAUAAAUAUAUAUCAGAUAAGACAUUUUAGAUCUAUAGACAGAUUGCCAAAAUAUGUACUAAUUCAGAAUAUAAUGAAUGAAAAUACAAAAUUUAAAUUUGGUCUCUGGAAAAAUUUGGCAUCUGGACCAAAUUAUUUUAGUUAAUAACUCAUCCUUGCUAUUUAUAUAUGAGUCAUAAAACAGUCUUCUCUCAGUCAUAAAACAUUCUUGUUAUUUGGUUAUAAACGAAAUAAACAUGAUUUCAAACAAAGAUGCAGAUUAUUCUAAGCAUUUUAUUUUUUGAGUAUCGUUUAUCGUAGUCAUGAAGUCUGGUUUAUUUAGAAGAACAAAAGCUAAAUUUAAGACACUUAAACAAAAACAGCAAAUUUAACAUAAUAAUGCGUUUUGUUAUAAGCAAUCAUAUUUUCUUCUUCCUACUACCUCUAGCUCUGCAUUUUAAGACUUUUGUAUUACCAUUAUCCUAAUGCUUCAAAUGGCAGCUAAGUAAGUAUGUUAAAGAACGCGUCUUCCCCACAGUGUGCUAAAAGCAGACAAUUGUAAUAUUUUCAAACUGAACAAUGCUAACAAAUUAACUGAUUUUAUGAGUUGAGAGAAAAUAAUUGAAGCAAGCAGCAGCUGAAUAACAAGAAGAACCAAAAGAGUAUAACAAUCAGACAGUUUUGUGUUUCCAAAUAUAAGAAUUACUGUAAAAUGACCAUACUGUACUCUGCUUUCAUAAAAUAACUGACUGCACAAAAUAAAAGAAUUCCUGUUAUGAUGAAAAAUAAAUACGUCAUUAAAAAUGAUCCAUUUAUGUAGACUCACAUGAAUACUCAUAGGAAGCAGCUUCAAAUGCUUAAUGCCAAAAAACAGAAAACAUUUCUUUUUUUCCAUUAACAAGCUAUUAUUUUAUUCCACCAUGUAGUUGUGAACAUUUAUGUAAAUAAUGUGUAUAACACUAAUAUGUCUGAAAUUACAUAAACUGAGAGAGAGUGACCAGUGCAUGUGUGUGUGUAUAUAUAUAUAUAUAUAUAUAUAUACACAUAUGAUGAAUUAUUACAAAAAUUACAAUACACUAAUAGUGUCAAUAACCUGAAGCUAAUUGACAAAGGUUAACAACUUAACUUAGCACCAUACAAAUAGGUUUGUCAGACUUAAAAUAAAGAUGGAUAAAGAAGUAAUGUCAGAAGGGGAAUGAAAUGUUAAUAUAAACGCACAGGAAACGUUUGUUGAAACAAAAUAAAAUGACACAAGUAGCCUAACCUACUAAUUUAUUUUAUUACAGUAGACCAUGUUAUUUACAGCUUACUUCCACUGCUUCAUUCUGAAAUUUAACACAAUAAUGAAACAAUGGCAUAAAUUCUACUUAUAGGUAUUCCCUGAGGUUUUAGGAUUUUUAGAAGGAGACUUUUUUGACGUUUUGAUCUCUCCACUCUAAGCGUGAUAGAAUUUCUUUCAUACUAUUUCAACCAUUAUCUGAGUUUAUAAAUGUACUUUUAACUAACCCAUUAUUACUAAAACAGGAACAUAUUCCCCUUUAUAUGUUUCUUGUGACAAUAUAUCUGCCAUCUUUUGCUCUUACCAAUAAAUUAAUGUAAGCUAUGCAAGGCUUUUUCAACUAUAUGAUGCAGUAACGCAUAUCCAUGACCACUUAUUGUAUGCAGUAAGUCAACUGCCUUUAAUCAGGCAGGACAACAAACAUUUUGCAAGAUCCAUCAUUCAUGCUGAAUUAGGGCUACUGACCGAGUUCAAUUAGUAUUUUAAAUAUUUGUAAACUACAUUGUUUAAUAGCUUAGGAAUUGUGGACUUUUUGCUAUAAGAUCUUUGCAAAAGUAUUCUUUUAUGGAAGAUCCUGAAUUAAUAACCAAACUAGUUAAAAAUAAGCUCUUUAGAUAUGAUCGAUUUAGACUUAUCACCAUCACUUUAAACUGAUGUUUUGUGUAAGUUCGUAUGUAAUAAAAUUUACUUUUGUUAUUGUUUUUUGUGUGUAAAUAGUUUUCGAAGUCUAUAAUUGAGUAUGUCUUUAACGCCCAUAAAUUACCCAAAAUUACACUGCUGCGUUAUAUUUGUGUUUAGUUCUGGAUAUUGUUAUUUCUUGUAAUUUUGCUUUUACUGGUAUAGCUUUUUGCCUAAUAUAGAACAGUUUAUGUUUAUAUGUAUGUAAGAAACAACAGAUAGGCUGAUUCUUGACAUUCCUUCAUUGUACUGUAUUUUCCCCUAUGUUUCCAAUUAUAUGCCGAGACCCACCUAGGGCCAGUGUUUGUGGAGCCUAAAUAUGAGAGAUGUACCUCUGUUUGUGUCUGCCCUACUGUUCUGUUCACAACAUUUGGCCUCUGUUGUUAUGAUGUGAACAGGAAACUGUACCCAGAGGGGCGACGAUGCCCACAAAAAAAAGUGAUCCUUAAAUAAUGAAGUAUUUCCAAAGGAAAACAUAAAAGAUCUAACAAGCAAGAAAUUAAUAUAUGAAAGUUACAUAUUUCAUUAAAAAAAUAUAUGAGUAAAUUCACUAAAAAAUGUAAUCAAUGUGCCCAAUUAAUGUUAUAUUUUUAUAAAACAUGAACCAUUUUGGAUUACCAAAAUAGAGCUUACGGUUAGGGUGGAACAGCGAAUACACAGCAAUGAAUGCAAUUUGCCAAAAAGUAUCAGUUGGUUAAUACAGAUGCCAACAUUAAUUCUAAAUUGCUUAUAGUCUGUUGUACCAAAAAUUCAUUUUUUAAUGGAAAAAACAUGCAUACUUGUGAUUUGCCUUUUAGCCUGUCCAGUCUGUUACUUCUCUCAUGAAUUUUCAACUGUACAUAAUUUUGUUUGUUGUUAUUUUUGUUACCUGGGCUGUAGGGACUUUUUUAUUUGACUUUUCAUUUAGGGUACUUGUAUAAAUUGUAAUGAAAUUUAAUCAAUAAUGCUUUUUAGAUGUUUGCAAAAUUAAUGAAAAAUAAACAUCUCAUUGUAUUG